CACGCUCUCACGUUCGUUGUUUCUGCCAGUAAGAGACUUUGUUCCCCCGUGACGUAAUGGCGAGAGCGCGCAGACGUCUCGGAAACGCGCGGGACAAAAUGGCGGCGGCCACAAGAGAGAAAGGGGCUGAGAAGCUAAACUAGGGAAAACCUGCAAGAAUGACAUAAGUUGUGAAAGCAUGGGAGAAGCUUUGCGUAUUAUUCACUAGAUCGUGUAAAGUUUUGUACAGCUCUGUGAAUCUGAAGAUGGUCAGCAGCCAGCCCAAGUAUGACUUGAUCCGGGAGGUGGGCCGUGGCAGCUACGGGGUGGUAUAUGAAGCACUAGUACGCAGAACUAGCCAACGAGUAGCUGUUAAGAAGAUCCGCUGCCAAGCGCCUGAGAAUGUAGAAUUGGCUUUACGGGAAUUUUGGGCUUUAAGCAGCAUCCAGAGCCAGCACCCCAAUGUAAUUCACAUGGAAGAGUGCGUUUUACAGAAGGAUGGAAUGGUUCAACGCAUGUUGCAUGGUUCCAGCUCAGUUCUCUACUUACCGUUGGUAGAAACAUCGUUGAAAGGCGAGAUUGCAUUUGAUCCGCGCAGCAUUUACUGUCUGUGGUUUGUGAUGGACUUCUGUGAUGGAGGCGAUAUGAAUGAAUAUAUUCUUACCCGCAGGCCAAGUCGCCGCACCAACACCAGCUUCAUGUUGCAGCUAAGCAGUGCCCUUGCCUUUUUGCAUAAGAACCAGAUCAUCCACCGUGACCUUAAGCCAGACAACAUUCUGGUGUGCAAAUCUCGUGAUGGAGUGGAUGAACCUACUCUCAAAGUGGCUGACUUUGGUCUCAGUAAAGUGUGCUCCAGCUCUGGCUUGAACCCAGAGGAACCAGCCAAUGUCAACAAAAGUUUCUUGUCUACAGCCUGUGGCACGGACUUUUACAUGGCACCCGAAGUGUGGGAGGGUCAUUACACAGCCAAGGCAGACAUAUUUGCUUUGGGUGUUAUUCUUUGGGCCAUGCUGGAGCGGAUUACCAUCACAGACACUCAUACCAAAAAGAGAUUGUUGGGGGGCUAUGUUCAGCGGGGGGCUCAAGUAGUGCCAGUGGGGGAAGCUUUGCUGGAGAAUCCAAAGCUAGAGCUUCUUAUUCCUGUUAAGAAAAAGUCCAUGAACCGGCGCAUGAAACAGCUGCUGCAUCAGAUGCUUUCUGCAAACCCCCAGGAGCGUCCUGAUGCCUUUCAGCUGGAGUUGAAGCUUAUCCAGAUCGCUUUCAGAGACUACACAUGGGAGACGUGACAGGGUCUGCAGAAGAGCUUGUGAUUGGAAAUAUAAUUCUGCCUUUUUGUUUCAUGAUCACAAAACAUUCUUAGCAGCCCUGUGAAAAAUUAUCAAAUCAAUAUGAAUGUCAUAGGUUGUUUCAGCAACCUGUUGCUUUACCUCUAAAUGCCUCUGUUCUCUUUCUCUGCACUAGCAGAACAUCAAACAUGCACUCACUAAAGGGCUUGGUGUUUGAGAUGUUUCAGGUCUCUUGUCUUAUAGAUCCAUGCCUCUGUCUUCUAAUAAUUCAAGCGGUUGGCUACUUUUCUAUAGCACUGUUUGCACCUUCAGUGGCAAAUAUUGGUUGAUAAACCACAACCUAAGUUCGCACACGUGGGUUAUAAUUUCACAUUCCAGUGACAAUGCUUGGCCUAAAUAACGCGUGUGAUCAGCUGAUGAUUCAUAAGUUAUACAUGAGCAUAGAAUGGGUUUUUGUUUUUAUGAAUGUAUGUAUUUAUUAGUAUGCAGCAUAGGUGGCUGUUCUGCAGAGAUGAUUGCAUUUCAAUGUUAGAUGUCUUGUCAAUAGCUGAUUAGAUUUGUUCACUAAAUAAAAUAGAGGGGGCCUGCCCAGCAUAUGUUGUUUAGAAUUGUAAAUCAGUUGUAUAAAUAGAACACCUUUGUUUAUUGCUAACUUUGCAGUAUCAGAUACUUGUGUUUAACCGUUCGCGUGCAGCGGGAUUUUAUCCAUCCAUGUGUUGCCUGAAAACACGCAAACAUGAAACUAUAGUUGCAAUGACAAUGGUGUUUUAGGUGGUUAAUGAUAAUUUCAGUUAUACAAGGCAUUAUUAAAGGGCAUGGCAUAUUCAAAUCUGAAAAGUGUUAGGCUUUACCGAUCUUCUAGUUGGCAAAAACAAUAUAUCUGCAAGUUCUGGGAGAUACAUUCUUCCAAAGUACCUGAAAAUAUAGUUGUAGUGCAUGCCAUAACAUUUUGGAAAGCCAAUCCCCCUGCUACCUGCAGAAGAACAGAGCUACAAUACAUAACUGUUGCUGCAGAAAAAUUGAUGUGACAAAGUGUGGAACAAAUGAUCUCUUAACAAUGGCAGUUUAUUCAUUUUUUAUCAACAGAAAGAAUUACACAAUAUAUGUUGCUCCUUUUAAUAUACAGAAUCCAACAUGGCCCUCAAGUAGCCCUCCAAGUUAUUGUUUGGAUGCUCAAGUUUGACUUUUUGCCAUGGCUUUAUUAUUUAAAUCUAAUUUGCAGUUUGCUAUGUAGGAAAAGUUUCUCCAAUGUGGAAGAAGUUGAAAAGCAGUGAUUGAACCCUCCUCACCAGCAUCAAAUAGAGCCACUUGCUAUCCACCUAACAAUUUACAUACAUAGCAGCUAACACUAUCACAUUCACUCAGUCCUACUGUCAAGCAUCACACAUGCACAUUCAUUUAUUUCCCCCAUUGGGCAAAUAAAAUAGCGUAUUAUAUUUUAUGAAAAAACAGUUGCAAAAAAUGUCAAAACUUGUAAUUUAUUAUGAUGUUUCAGCUGUUAAUAAACUGUGAAUUUUUUUUUUAUAA